AUUUCAAGAGCAUCUUUAACUCCCGAAUCAAGUUACAUAGCUAAACCAGCUGCAUCUUGGCUUGAUGAUUUUUUGGUUUGGAUAUCCCCAGAAGCUUUUGGCUGCUGUCGUAAAUUUAAUAAUGGGAGUUUUUGCCCAGCUGAUGAUCAGCCUCCUUGUUCAUUCAGCAGUGGAUUAUCUACUUGGGUGGGCAUAUGCAAGGACUGCACAAUGAUUUUUACUGAUGCAUGGAAUGUUCAGUGCUUUCUUCAAUCAGAUUUAGACAAUGGCCGCCCAACAACUGAACAAUUCAAAGAGAAACUCCCAUGGUUCUUGAGUGCAUUACCUUCUAAUGAUUGUGCAAAAGGUGGUAAUGGGGCUUACACUAACAAUGUUGAUCUUAAAGGCUAUGAAUCUGGUGUUAUUCAAGCAUCAGCAUUUCGUACAUUUCACACCCCUCUCAACAAGCAAAUUGACUUUGUUAAUUCAAUGAGGGCUGCACGGAGUUUUGCUUCUAGAAUGUCUGAUUCUUUAAAUGUGGAGGUCUUCCCAUAUGCUGUAUUUUAUAUAUUUUUCGAACAAUACCUUGAUAUAUGGAGGACAGCAUUAAUCAACCUUUCCAUAGCUAUUGGUGCUGUAUUCUUAGCAUGCUUUGCCAUCACAUGCAGUUUUUGGACUUCAGCGAUUAUCUUACUUGUGUUGGUGAUGAUCGUAGUGGAUAUGAUGGGCAUAAUGGCAAUCCUAAAUAUCCAAUUAAAUGCUGUAUCGGUUGUCAACCUUGUAAUGUCAGUGGGUAUUGCUGUUGAGUUCUGUGUGCAUAUUACACAUGCUUUUCUGGUAAGCAGGGGAGAUAGGAAUCAGCGCAUGACGGAUGCAUUGACCUCUAUGGGAGCCUCUGUAUUUAGUGGUAUCACUCUUACGAAGCUUGUUGGAGUGAUGGUUUUGUGUUUCUCACGCUCAGAAAUUUUUGUGGUUUACUAUUUCCAAAUGUACCUGGCCUUGGUUCUUCUUGGUUUCCUUCAUGGCCUCAUCUUUCUACCCGUGGUGCUGAGCAUGGUUGGUCCACCGUCAAGGUCUGUGCAAAUAGAGAGACAAGAAAGUCCUGAACCUUCUACAACACACCCCCACUUCUAAACUACUACCAUAGUACCAUGCAUACAUAAUUAUGUAGCUUGUGAGCGCUACCAUGGAAUUUAAUUAAUGCUAAAUGAAAUAUUCUUAGAGGCGUUGCACUUGGGAAUUGCUCUACUUAGUUUGUGAAUGUAUAAAUAAUACAUGUACAUGGAAUUGCACUUAAAUAAGAGUUGUCUAUGUAGUGUUUGGUGAUAGAGAAAUCAAUGCUCAAACUAUUAAUUUCGCAGUUUCGCCUUGCUUUUAACCAAUCGUGGAAAUAAAUGUAAUUUUUAUGAUUGGGC